GCCUGAGGAGCCUGAGGGCCUGCUAGGUCCUGGGCUCCUUGCUGCUUCAGUGAUGCUUGCCCAGCAGCGUCUGGGAACCUGGCCCUGAGGGCGCCGCCCGCUGACAUCUGCCUCUUGAUCUGGGCCUGGGCACUGGCGGUAGGACCUGGACCGGGUGCUGGAGGAGUGCUCCUGGGCAAGGAGACCGGCCCACGCCGGGACUCCGCCCCCUUAGCCUGGGCCUGGACCCAAGAGGGCGAAACUCGAUCCUUAGGACCUUGAACAAGUAAAAUGAAGGAAGUUUGCUAAUAAAAAUAUCACCAAAGAUUAGAAGCAUAAUCAUCUAGAGGAAAUGCUGGUAGUAUGGCUCCAUGUAUGUGUUCAAAAAUCUCUACAGCAGAUAGUCUUGUUUUAGGGGCUCUCCAGAUUAUGAUUGGCAUAUUUCAUGUUUUCAUGUGGUAUUUCCUAUUGAUUUUGUAUAUGGGACAAAUUAGAGGAGUCUUUGGGACGUAUGAACCUAUAACUUACAAAACAGGAUGUGCUUUAUGGGGAAUUUUUUUUAUCAUUGCAGGAGUCUCCAUAAUAAGAGUAGUAAGGCAUCCAACUCAAGGCAUGAUUACAUUUGCUUUGAUCAUGAACAUCUUCUGCAUAAUUGUUGCAGUUAUUGCAUCAAUUCUAACAACAAUUGAGUUGUCUUCUUUUAAUUCCGUGUCAUAUAGGAAUUAUGGACAAGCAAAACUUGGAAGGGAAGUUUCACGGAUUUUACUGAUGUCUUACCCCUUGGAAUUUUCUAUUGCAUUAACAUACUCAAUCUUUGGCUGUAUUGGUUUGAGUCAUCAUCAUAAUGAAGAUACUCUCACAGCUGUUACAGAGGAAGCUGAGAGCACUUUUUAAAAACCUUAGAAAUGUGAGAUUUUUCCUGGUGCUCAUACCUGAUGUGGGCAUGAUAUCUGUAUAACAAGGCUGCUACAAAGCCCACAGAUUUUGUGCAAAAGAAAAUACAAACAAGUUGGAUUUUUCUUCUUGGUAUUCAAAAAUUUCUCUGCACAUAUUUUUGUAGGCUCCAAGUAGAAAGCUUUUCCCUAUUUAAAUAUAUUAUUACAGGAAAAAUUUAUUUUCUAGGUACUCUGAACCUGUCAACUCUGUCUAACUCUGAAGCUGUCAACUCUCCCUAAUAGAGCUUUUGUAAGAGACCAUAAAGAAAGAUUUGUGAUUGUCUCUAGGCAAUAAAGACUUGGAGCACGAUACUAUGUAAUUCUCAGGAAAACUUUAAAUAAUUUAUGCCCCUACAAGAGUACAUUUCAGUAUGAGCUCUUCUACCUGAACUAGCUUCUACCUGCAUCCAACUCAUAAUCCCUUCAUUGUUUUUCUUUGACUGCUCCUGUCCUCAUUAAAGUUCCUUUCUGCCC